CAACUACAAUAGUUGCAGCUUUGAAAGCAGCAGAGAGAAGUUGAUUCGCCAUUUUUUCUCAUUGUGAUUGUAUUCGAUAGUCAGUCAUACAACAAAAAGAUACUUUUGGAUAUUCUUCCCCUCUCCACUUCGGACUAAACAUAUUUUUUCGUUGUUCUUAUUAAAAUGGAUAUGGCAGGCGGUAUACACGAUCCCAAGUGGAGUUUGGAACGUAGGGAAUCGUCUGGUUUCUUAGUAUGGCGCAAAGAGUCCCCCAGUUCCAGAAUACGUUUCCGUUUGGAUGUUGAGGUUUUGGAAUUUGAAAAACAUCCACACGAAGAUUACGAUGAUUAUCAUCACGAUAACGGCCUGACAAUCGGCAAUAUAUCUUCAACUGUAAUGCUGUGUGCCUCCUGUAUAGCAGCAGUAGCUGUCAGUGUAUUCCUACCCUGGUAUUUAAUGGAAAAGGCUGCCAAUUUUUGAAUACGGAAACAUAGUGUAGCGUAAACAGCUUUCAAAUUUAAAUUAUCAACAUGUUUGUGAACUAUGUAUUCAAGAAAGAUGAAAAAGAACUGAUAUUUGUAACUUGUAGAGUGGGUGACUGACAGGAACAGGGUUUUGCCUUAAAAUGUUAUUGUAGAACUAUUUAGAUGGGAUAAUUCCCAUACAUACAUAUAUUUUUUUACAUUUACUUGCAAUCAGAAGAAGUUUUUGUUGCCUCAAGGGCUAAAAAAUCUAACGAAAUGUUGUAUUGUAUUUGUAUUAUAUCUAAAUCUAUAUCGAUGAGUAUGAGUAUGAAAGUGUGAUGUGUCUGUGAUGGAAGUAACCUAGUUAUGAUUAGUUAGUAAUUUUAUUUUAUAUUUAUAACCUAAAUAUGUAGUUUAUAAAUACAUACAUACAUAUAUACUUACUUAUGUACCAUAUAAUUAUUCAUACAUAUAUUAGUUAUAUACUUACUUAUACUACAUACAUAUAUAGUUGUUAAUUAAAUGUCAAUCAUGUAUAAAAUAUCAAUUUUAUAAAUUUUCUACUCUAAUUUUAUUAGUAAGUAAAGUUAGUCAAAACUGCCCCAAGUUGUAAAAUAUUUAUCCAAAAAUUUAUAUAUAAAGUUAUAAACAAAUAUAAAGGUUUUAAUAAACAUACAUACAUAUAAAAUUAAUUACUAAAA